AGUUUCAGUCUUUUUAUUCCAUCUGUUUAGUUCAAAUUUAGUAAAAUAUUGAUUCAGUUUAGCUUAAAGUUUUAAUCUUUUUAUGACCCAGAAAAUUUUUUCAUCAAAUUAGCUCAAAGUUAGUGAAUUUGCAAUUGUUUUGUGUUAAUAUUAUCUUAAUUUAUAGCAUUAUAUAGUCUAGUGGAUAGUUUUAGGAUUUAAGUUGUAGUUAAGAAAUGGAUAUAAGUAAUGACGCUGCAGUUGAUCGGUUUUCGAUCGGGCCAUCGACUAUAUUUGGUAGGACUAUUGCUUUUAGGGUUUUGUUCUGCAAGUCAAUGGUACAUUUAAGGCAUCAAAUGUAUCAUGUGUUGUUGUAUUACUUACUUAGGAUUAGGACAUAUGUUUCGGAUGUUGUUACACCGGUUAUAUCAUGGUUACACCCAAGAAACCCACAAGGGAUACUAGUGUUGGUGACUCUAAUAGCGUUUUUGCUUAAACGUUACACGAAUGUGAAAGUAAAGGCGGAAAUGGCGUAUAAAAGGAAGUUUUGGAGGAAUAUGAUGAGGGCUGCGUUAACGUAUGAGGAAUGGGCUCAUGCCGCUAAAAUGUUAGAUAAAGAAACGCCUAAAUUGAAUGAACAUGAUCUUUAUGAUGAAGAACUUGUGAGGAAUAAAUUUGAGGAACUUAGACAUAGGCGUCAAGAGUGUUCACUUAGAGAUAUUAUAUUCUGUAUGCGAGCGGAUUUGAUUAGAAAUCUUGGUAAUAUGUGUAAUCCUGAACUUCAUAAGGGUAGACAUCAAGUACCGAAACUCAUAAAGGAAUACAUUGAUGAGGUUACAAUGCAGUUGAGGAUGGUAUGUGAUUCGGAUUCUGAUGAGUUACUUUUAGAAGAAAAGCUUGCGUUUAUGCAUGAAACUAGACAUGCUUUUGGUAGAACGGCUUUGCUUUUGAGUGGUGGCGCAUCUCUUGGAGCUUUUCAUGUUGGUGUGGUGAAAACAUUGGUUGAACAUAAACUUAUGCCAAGAAUAAUUGCAGGGUCUAGUGUUGGCUCGAUAAUGUGUUCAGUUGUCGCGACCAGAUCUUGGCCUGAACUUCAAAGUUUCUUUGAAGAUUCGUGGCAUUCGUUGCAGUUCUUUGAUCAAAUGGGUGGGAUUUUCAAUGUUUUUAAGAGGGUUAUGACACAAGGAGCACUUCAUGACAUCAGACAUUUGCAAGUUUUAUUAAGAAACUUGACGAACAAUCUUACAUUUCAAGAAGCUUAUGAUAUGACAGGUCGUGUUCUUGGGAUAACUGUAUGUUCUCCAAGAAAACAUGAGCCCCCGAGAUGUCUAAACUACCUGACGUCACCUAACGUGGUUAUAUGGAGUGCUGUCACUGCUUCUUGUGCUUUCCCUGGUCUUUUUGAAGCUCAAGAGCUAAUGGCAAAGGAUAGAAGUGGAGAAAUUGUCCCGUAUCACCCGCCGUUUCAUUGGGGCCCUGAAGAAGCCAAUGGCACGUCUGUUAGGCGGUGGAGGGAUGGUAGCUUGGAGAUUGAUUUACCUAUGAUUCAAUUGAAAGAACUAUUUAACGUAAAUCAUUUCAUUGUAAGUCAAGCUAAUCCACAUAUUGCUCCUUUACUACGGAUAAAAGAGUUCAUAAGAGCAUAUGGAGGCAACUUUGCUGCAAAGCUUGCACAUCUUGUUGAGAUGGAGGUGAAACACCGAUGUAAUCAGGUAUUAGAACUUGGUUUUCCGUUAGGAGGACUGGCAAAGCUAUUUGCUCAAGACUGGGAAGGUGAUGUAACUGUCGUUAUGCCUGCAACCUUAGCUCAGUUAUCAAAAAUCAUACAGAAUCCAUCUCAUCUGGAGCUCCAAAAAGCUGCUAAUCAAGGUCGGAGAUGCACCUGGGAGAAGCUCUCUGCCAUAAAAGCCAAUUGCGGGAUUGAGCUUGCUCUUGACGAGUGUGUUGCCAUUCUCAAUCAUAUGCGUAGAUUGAAACGUAGUGCAGAAAGAGCAGCUGCAGCAUCUCAUGGUGCUCCAAACACGGGCCGGUUUAAUGCAUCAAAAAGAAUCCCUUCAUGGAACUGUAUAGCUCGAGAGAAUUCAACUGGUUCUCUUGAGGAAGACCUUGCAGAUGCUGCUUCUUCCUUCCACCAUGGUAAUAAGAGCUGGCGGCACCACCGGGUACAUGAUGGAAGUGAUAGCGAAUCCGAGGGUACCGAGUUAAACACAUGGACGAGAUCUGGUGGGCCGUUAAUGAGAACAACUUCUGCUGAUCAGUUCGUUGAUUUCGUUCAGAACCUUGAUACCGACUCGAAAAUGAACAAAAAUAUUAGAGCUUUUCAGAAUUUGCGGGUGAUACCACCCGAUAGAAUCUCUGAUCCCGAAACUGACCAAAGGGAGACCCCUAACAACAGAGUUCAUAACAGUAGCAGUAGUGGUAGCAUUACAGUUGCUGCAGGCGAUCUUCUGCAGCCAGAGAAGAUUCAUAACGGGAUUGUGUUUAAUGUAGUGAGGAAAGGUGACUUGACACCAUCAAACAGGAGCCAUGACUCGGUGAACAACUCACCAUCUAACUCUCUUGCUGAGUGUGUGCAACUCGACUCCCCAGAAAAGGACAUUGAUGCUAGCUCGACUUCUGAAUGCGGUGAACCUGAGGUUAGUUAUGAAUCAAUGGAUCCUUGCAGUCAUGUAGAUGAUGAUGAUCACUAAAAUGGUGUAGAUAUGAAAGUGUAGUAAGUUAGUAAUGCCCCUAACUCGAGUCCAAGUUUGCGCCAUUGAGCUGAGGGUAGGAGAGUAAGCAACAGGUCUAAUUUGUGGACUUGUCAUUAUAUUAUACUUAGGAAACAUAUAGAUGAAACUGUGAAUGCCUUAUUGUUUAAUUUGUAUUCUUCAAAAUGUAUGAAGCAAUAUAUAUUGAUAAGUUACUUC